CAUGAGGGGCUGCAUCACCAUGCCAGACUAUAAGAAGUGUGACAGCCCUACAGCAGGGCACCAUUCGGUCAAAAUUCUCCUGCUGUACAGGUCUUGUUCACUCAGCAGCCAUGAAACUCUCCCUCAUUGUAGCUGUCGUCGUGCUUGCUCUGGCUCAAGGAAGCCUUGCACAAGAUGCUACCUCUGACCUCCAAAGGCUCAGCCAGUACUUUGAGGACUUGAAGAAUAAAAUGGCCCAGGAGCUGUCUCAGCUCAUGAACAACCAGGACCUGGCAGGUCACGCUCAGAACAUCCACAGCCAGCUGCAGCCUGUGGCUACUAAGAUCCAGGAGCACCUGAGAGGUGUUGCUGCCAACGUCGAGGAGCAGGUGAAGCCCAUGGCUGAAGGUGUGCAGACUCACAUCCAGCCCAUGGUUGAAAGGUUCCAGGAGCAGGUGGAGGCCAUCUUCCAAAACCUGGCAGAGAAGGCCAAAGCAAUUGGAAACUAAACCAACUGUCUUUCCAGAAAAAGUCAAACUGCCUCCAUCCCACCAUCUUCUCUGUAUGGAGUGAGUUAAUGGAGCUACUUGCAAUCAGUGGCACUGAGAUGUAUAACAGCUCAAGAUGUGUUUCAGGGAUUGUUGUCAUCUGUCUCAAAGCACAAUUAAAAUUUGAAACACAG